AUGAAACACCACAAACACCCGAUGUUUCAACACCUACUUGGAAAAGUAUCCCACAAAGCCCUUGACUUGUUGCAUGGAGAGGCAAUUAGGAAGCUAGAUGUCUUGGAGCGCUUUAAUUCAUCAUGUGGUUGCCAAAUGUGGUACAGCUGUGGGUUGCCCUGUGCUUGUAGGAUAGAAAAGUACAUGCGUGAAGAGCGUCCGAUUCAACUCGAAGACAUAGACGUCUUCUGGCGGAAACUUAACUUCCAAAGUUGUAAAUUGAUAGACGACUCCCUUGACGUGGUCGAAGAGCUAGAUGUUGUUAGACAACAAUUACAGUCGCACCCCCCAGCUCAGCAAAAAAGCCUGCUUUCAAAGAUUAAAGCGGUGUUGACUCCAACGAAAUCUACCAAGAAACCACCGGUUGUCCAACAAAAUACUCGUGGCCGACCAACAACAAAGCAGGUACAAGAAAGGUUGGACGAGGCCUCUCGUAUAGAUGAAGAAUUGAGGAGAAGCUCCUUCGGUGAUGCAAACACGUGCUUUGAAGGUUCACGACAAAGUAAGUACGAUAAACCUCGCCACAGCUCGUACGUUCCGUCUCAGGCCUCACAACAGUCGGUUAUAAGGUCCCAAAAACCCAAAGCGACCCUAAGCCGUUCAAAGAGUUCUAAGAAGAAAGAGACACGAGAUGAUCACGGUUUUCCUUUAAUCAUUGGGGACGAGUACGUGGGAAUUAUCGAACGGUUUAAGUCUGACAUUCCGCCAGUGUUCCAUCCGUACGUCUCGUGCAUACGUGAUGUGAUGCCGGACGGUCAUUGUGGGUUUCGGUCUGUGGCUGUGGGCUUAGGGAUGGAUCAGAGUUCAUGGGGGCUUAAUAGGAGGGACCUUGUCUAA